AUUGACGGCAAGGUUCGUCCUCUGAGCGAGUUUGCUGGCAAGGUGACGCUUGUUGUAAACGUGGCGUCUGCGUGCGGCUACACGGACGAGAACUAUAAGGGCUUAAUGAAGGUGUAUGAGAAGUACCAUCCCCAUGGGCUGGAGAUUCUUGGCUUUCCCUGCAACCAGGUGGGCCGGGGCAGACGGAAGUCCGGGACGGAGGCGGAUAUCAAGAACUUCUGCUCGUCGCGUUAUCACGUGAACUUCCCUAUGUUCAGUAAGGUGGAUGUCAACGGGCCGAACACGCACCCGGUGUACCAGUUCCUGAAGCGGGAGCUGCCCGAGUGGGAGGGCGGCGGUGGCAGCAAGGGCCCGGGCGCCGACCUGGUUUGGAACUUUCAGAAAAUCUUCGUGGAUCACGAGGGCCGUCCUGUCAAGCGGCUUUACCAGGCCUGGGACCAGAACGCGGUGGAGUCGGAGGUGUACCGGCUGCUUCGGGAGGCUCGGCAGGCGGGAGCCGCUACGGCGCAGCCCACAAGUUGA